AUGGCCACAAUGCAGGGGAAAUACAAAGCCCAGCUGGCUGGGCUAAAAGAGCUACACAAGGUUGCUCCUAGGUGUUUGAGGCAACUUCAAAUGGAGUGGCAGGACUACAUUGUAGAAUAUUUGGGAGCUCUCUUUGUCCCAGAGGGCAACUCCAAUGCUGGCUUGUGCUCUACUAGGAUUUGUCUGGACACUCCCAAACCUGAAGAUUGCAACACCAUCUCAACAGACAAGAUGGAGACCCAUUUAUUCAAAAAUGCUUGA